AUGAGAAGCUCUUCGAGCACGAGUAGAUGCAAGCGUUGGAGCGAUGAUGCGGCAGUCACGGCAGGGCAGACAGGGCAGGCAUUGCAGGCAGGGCAGACAGGGCAGGCACGGCAGGCAGGGGCGGCUCAAGGCAGGGGCGGCCCAGGAGAGGGGCGCAGGGAUAGGGAGGAGAAGGGGGACGAGGUAGGAGCUGCGCGUGCGGCUACAGAUGCGUGUGCAGCUGUGCGCGUGCACAGCUGUGCGCGACUCCGCACGUGGGACAGCAGCGCGCGGGGCAGCAGCGUGCAGGGCAGAGGCGUGCGAGGCACCGGGCAGAGGCGCACGAGGCGCCGGGCAGAGACGCACGAGGCGCCGGGCAGGCGCACGACGCGCCGGGAAGAGGCGCAUGAGGCGCCGGGCAGAGGCGCACGGGGCGCGGGGCAGUGGCGGACAGCAAGGUACGGGAGGCACAAGGCAGGGGAUGAAAGGAGGAGGAGGCGGCUGAUGCUGCAGCUGGACUCACCCAACCCCUCAACCUCCCCCCCACAGCAGCAGGCACGGGAGUGA